UUUCUUGAAACGAUGAGCACUCCCAUGGACAUUGAUGAGACGUCCCAAGCGUCGAUUCAGUCGGCGGCUUCAUCGCCCAGACGCAGCACUCGCAUUUCGUCGCGUGCAUCGACGCCUGCGCCUGCGCCAGUCCUGGCUCGGGCAACUCGCGAUGCAACCGAAGCAGUCAAUCAAGCCAGCAACACGGCAGACUGGGUGGCUGCAGCACCGCGGCCGGUGCAGCCGCCAACGGACGGAAGCGCAUUCGACGCGCUUGCUCACAUUAGCUCCAGCGCGUACAACAACAGCCGCACAGCCACAUUGGCAUCGCCAGUGCCGGACGUGUGUCGUACCGCGCCGUGCUGUCUCGGCAUCGACGAAGCAGGCCGCGGUCCUGUGCUUGGACCCAUGGUGUACGGCAUCAGCUACUGCCCGCUCAGCGACGAUCCCCGCCUGCGCCAGAUGGGCUUUGACGACUCAAAGAAGCUCGACGAGCCAACGCGCCGGCGUCUCUUUGACGACAUCAACAAGGCCAACGACUUUAUGGGAUUUUCCGUGUGUGUGAUCUCCCCGCAGGACAUUUCGAGCAGCAUGCUGCGACGAGCCAAGUACAACCUGAAUGCGCUAUCGCACGACACAGCCAUGUCUCUGGUGCAGCGGGCGCUGGACGAUGGUGUCAACAUUGCCAAGGUGUUUGUGGACACGGUUGGCACGGCUGAAACGUAUCAAGAGAAGCUUUCCGAGCGAUUCCCAGGCAUCGAGUUCAAAGUUAGCGCAAAGGCAGACAGCCUCUUUCCGAUUGUUUCUGCCGCGAGUAUUUGUGCAAAAGUUGUCAGGGAUCACGUUCUCGAUAUUUGGCAGUUUAGUGAACCGCACGGAAGUACAAUUGGCCGCGAUUUCGGAUGCGGCUACCCUUCAGAUCCAGUCACCAAACAGUGGCUCCAGACCAACAUGGAUUCAGUGUUUGGAUUCCCUGGCGUUGUUCGGUUUAGCUGGGGCACGUGCAAGAACAUUCUGAUCGAUCGAGCGGUGAACGUGACCUGGGAAGAUGAUGGCGAGGACGAGGACGACGAGCGUGCAAACGCCAAAAAGAGCAAUCAUUCCAUACUUGAAUUCGUCAAGCCCACUGCACCCAAACGACACCGCUACUUUAUCGAGCGAAAGCUUGAAAUCGUACAAGAUUUGCGAUGAGUGCUAUGGACCAGAAAAUCAAUUAGGAGUACUAUUCAAAGUGUGGCC